GGGCAUUGUCUUUUUCUUAUCUUUAGCUACUGCGGCGGCGCAAGCAAAGCAACAAUAAGAGCAAGUUUUGGUGCCAUGACAAUGUUUCAGAAUCAGAAGCGUAGCGAGAGUCAUGUCACUGUCAUGGGUAACCAGAACCCAUUAUUCAGGAGUGAGUCUUUUGGGUAUUACCACUACCACCCUGAACAGAACUACACUAUGAUGGAGAAGCGACAACUGUUCCUGAGAAGCUACCAGUUCUGUCGAAAGAAGAGCCUCACGGAGAGAAUCAAAGGGUCUUUGGUUCGUGUCAAGAAAGUUGUGUGGCUAAGGCUACGAUCUGCUACCAGACUCAGGAGGACGGUUUUUUCCAGGUUCAGAAUCAAAUGCGGCUUCUAUUACCGGAGAAGAAGGUUUUCACAGCUUCUCAAUUGUCACAACCGCAAAAGUGACUCUUCCUCAUGUUUCUGGUAGUGUGAUACACACCACCAUGAGAAUUGAGAAACCUCUUCUGAUAUUUAUUAUUUUUUUAUUUCAUGAUUCAUCAGUUGCUGUGCUUGGAGUCCUUUAAUAUUAACUUGUAAUGGCAAUUCCGAACUAGUAAUA